AAAAAUAUUACAAUAAUAACAACCGUAAUACUAUCUGCGUAUGACGCAGAUAGUAUGUGAGUAGAUACAAGAAUUCAAUAAGCAAAAGAAAGAGAGGAAUAAGCCAGAGUAAAAUAAGUGUAAUGUUGAAUGUCAAUGUUCUAUACGUCAGAAUUACAAUAUGGACGAACAGCAUCGGCUUGAUGGUUUUCAAUCGUAACAUAAUUGUAAAAAAACUCUACUAAAAACUUUUACAAAUAAAUAUGUCGGAUUACUUAAAAUCGGCGUUUGGAUACUUAAAUGGUAGUGCUGGUACUAACGAAUAUGUGGGACAAGUGUUAGAAAUAAGUAAUGUAAAAUUACGAGUUAAUAGAUUAAUUGCUGAGGGUGGCUGGGCGUUAGUUUUCGCAGUAGAAGAUAUUGCCACGGGUAAAGAGUACGCAUUAAAGAGACUGAUAGCAGUAGAUGAAGAAGCAAAUAAAAAUAUUAUAAAAGAAAUAGAAACAUUGAAAAAAUUAUCUGGGCAUCCCAAUGUUAUUCAAUAUCUAUGUGCACAACGAAUUGAGCGAGAAGAAAGACGAGGAUGUGAAUACUUAGUAGUAAUGGAAUUGUGCCCUGGUGGUACUUUAGCUGAUGUACUUCGUGGUACAUCAACUAAUUCUUUGACUCUACCUCAAGUAUGCCGUGUAGCUUAUCAAAUAACUAAAGCAGUUCAUCAUAUGCACACUCAACAGCCUCAACCAAUUAUACAUUGUGACAUAAAGUUAGAAAAUUUUUUGUUUGCAAGUGAUGGUCUCAUUAAGUUAUGUGAUUUUGGAAGUUCUUCGACUCAACAAAUAUUACCGGAUCCAUCAUGGAAUGCUCAAAAACGUUCCAUGUUAGAAGAUCAAAUGGCAAGAUUCACAACACCUAUGUAUCGUGCUCCAGAAAUGAUGGAUACCUGGAAUAAUGAACCUAUUGGUCCACCAGUCGACUGUUGGGCGUUAGGAUGUAUUCUGUACACUUUAGUUACGCUUCGUCAUCCUUUCCCGGAAGGUAAUAAAUUAGCAAUCAUCAAUGCAAAAUACUCACCACCAACUCCAAAUCCUCGUUAUGAAUGUAUUUAUGACUUAGUAAAAGGUUGUUUAGAACCGUCUCCUAUAAAACGUAUGACAACGUCAAUUUUAUUAGAAAGAUUAGCAGCUAUUGCUGAAUCAAACAAUUUUGAUCCAAGAGAACCUGCUAAUAUAGAAAUAAAAGCUCCACCAGCACCACCGCCACGGAUAUCUCCACCUACUCAACCGUCAGUUGUAACAUCAGCAGCACCAGCAGCAGCUUCCUCACGAUCUACCCCGCCAGCUUCAUCAGUACCUCAACAAAUGCCUGCAUUACAUCGACCUGUUCCAGCGCAUCAUCCACCUUCUAAAGUUCAAGGGAUUCCAAGUUCCGGUCUUUUUAGUUCCUUGAAAGGUGGUGCAGGCAGUAUUUUUCGUAAUCUCAAAGAUACAUCUAGUAAAGUAAUGCAAUCAGUGCAACAGAGUAUGGCUAGAACUGAAUUGGAUGCUAGUUACUUAACAUCACGUAUACUAAUAAUGCCAUAUCCAGCCGAUGGUAUAGAAUCUACGUAUCGAGCUAAUCAUAUAGAAGAUGUACGAGCAUUUCUGCAAACCAGACAUCCUCUACCAGCAAAAAUUCAAUUGUACAAUCUUUCUCGGGGUCGGCCAAAUGUGACACGACUUCCAGGAAAACACAUUGACUGCACAUUUGCUUAUUCUUCUCCAGAUUCUAAUGCUCCACUUUUAUCUGCUCUCUAUCAAAUUUGUCAAGAUAUUUAUAGAUAUCUUGAUGCUGACUUUAAUCAUAUAGUGGUGCUAUACUGUGUAGAUGGCUGUAGAGCAAGUGCAACAAUCGCAUGUGCUUUACUACUUUAUGCCGGUGUCUUAUCCAAGCCAGAGGAAACAAUUGCACUUUUUACAACUCGAAGAUGUCAACCACCUCAAUUACAAGCAUCAGAAAUGCGAUCCAUAAAUUAUAUGAGCAUUUUACAUUCUGGUGUUUAUCCACAUACAAGACCUUUAGCAUUACGAUCUCUAAUAUUACAACCUGUACCGUUAUUUACUAGAGCUAAAGAUGGAUGUAGACCUUACAUUGAAAUUUAUAGCAAUGGUGCUUUUGUAUUUUCAACAAAGAAACCCGAAUAUGAAGAAAUGAAAUUAUUUGAUAUGAUGGAGGGAAAAGCUUGUAUAAUAAUCGGUGAUGCUACUGUUCGUGGUGAUGUUACUAUUGUUAUAUUUCAUGCUAGACAACAGCUUGGCAGGGUAAUUGGAAUUAAAAUAGCUUCACUACAUUUCCAUACGGGUUUUAUUCCACCAAAUGAAAGUGCAUUAAAUUUCGAUAAAAAAGAUUUAGAUGAUACUCCAGAAGUUGGAGGACAAUUUCGAGUUAUGCUUAAUGUUAUGGUUGGUGAAGAUAAUUUAAAACCAUCUAGAAUACCAGCCCCAUGGGAAGUAGAAGUAUCUCAUGAUGAAGACCUUAGGCCUGAUCCGUUAUUUGGUUCAACAUUAGAAAUGGAAGAAACACUUGAAAACUUUAGAACUCCAGGUAAAAGUAAAAUACCACCAAGACGACCUUCUCCACCAAUAAUAAAACGUGAAACAUCAAAAGAAGAUACUUCGGAACAAAUACCAUUGCAUCAAGCAGAAGAAGAAGAAGAAGACGAAUACAAUGACAAUGAUAAUGAUAAUAAUAAACAAGAAAAAGAGAAAUACGAAAAGCUUCAAACAGAAAAAAGUGAAGUUAUUGAUUCACAAUGCGAUAAUAUUUUAACAGAAGCAGUUCUUUUAGAUUUUGGAGGACCGUCAUCAGGUGAACCUCCCUCAAAUAUUUCUUCCGCUGGGCCUACUCCAAAAUUAGAUAUAUUUUCAGAUGCUUCAAAAGUUCAGAAUGAUUUAUUUGGUAAUUUUUCAACAUUCAAUAAUUCAGUGACAACUGAAAAUACACGAGGAGUUAAUAAGUCAGUUUCAAAUAAUAUAUUCACUAAGAGUGGUGGUAGUAAUUCAUCGAAAGAUCAAACAACUCAAAAAGGAACAGGUGAUUUCUUGUUUGAUCCUUUUGGUGGCAGUAGUUCAAAUGAUCUCUUGAGUAAUUGGGCAAAUACUGGAAAAACCUCUGGCCUAAAAACUCCAAAUGAAGACAAUUUUCCACGUAAUUCGAGUGUACCAAAUUUUGGAGCACAAAAUAAAGAUCCAUUUGCAAAUUUAGCUGGAUCUUUGGGUGCAGGUCUCAAUGCUAGUUGGAAUGGUACGCCCCGAGAUUCAAAUACUCCACAAUCGGCAAGCCCAGCAACUGCUGGUACGCCAAUUCCUUCUAGUCCGCGAAUGCCCAAUAAAGCUAGUGCGCCUACUGAGAGUAAUAAUAUAGAUUCAUCAAUCUUUAAUAAUAAACCAGCUAAUAAGCAUACUGAUGUAUUUGAAGAUCUCCUCGGUAGUCAAGGAUAUAAUUUCUUUAGUUCACGAAAAGCUGAUAAAGACAGUCCAAAGACUAUUAACGAAAUGAGAAAAGUUGAAGCUGCUAAAACAAUGGAUCCAGACGUAUUGAAAGUAUCUGAGUGGACUGAAGGUAAAAAGGGAAAUAUUAGAGGACUUUUGUGUUCACUACAUACUGUUUUGUGGCCAGAAGCUGAUAGAUGGCAACGAUAUGAAAUGCAUCAGCUCGUUUCACCUGCAGAUGUGAAAAAAGCUUAUCGAAAAGCAUGUUUGGCAGUUCAUCCAGACAAGCAAUCUGGAACUGCCAAUGAAAAUAUUGCAAAGCUCAUAUUUAUGGAAUUAAAUAAUGCUUGGAGUGCAUUUGAAAAUGAUGCAUCACAACAGAAUUUAUUUAGUUAAUUAGAUUAAAAGAAAAAUGAUUAUAAUUUAAAGAAAAAAGGUGUUUAAAUAUUUUUGACCUAUACAAAUACAUAGAUAUAUAUUUUUCGUUGUUCGUCUUACGAGUAAAAACUCAUUUUGCCAACUUUGCGCACUUGUUGUAUUGCUAUUCUCAAUGCAUAAAAUAACAUUUAUUACAUUCCAACAAUAAUAAUGAUUUUAUUAGCUGUAAUUGCGGUAUCUAUCUGAUUGCAAUUUAUUUCAAUUAAUAUCGAACUAUAUAAAAAUGUAUGUAUUUUAGUUUUA